GCAUGGAUUGGUAAAUGGUAUACAAGACGUCAGUUAAGACGAGUGAAACAGCGAUUCGCCAGUGGUCAUUCCCAUAGAAAAACCUACUCUUUAAAUGGUAUAUCAAUAACAGCCAUUCCGAUAAAUAAAGACAACUACGGUUAUGUGAUUGUCAACGACGAUAGCAAAGACUGUGUGCUGAUCGAUGUUGGCGAUUGCGAUCCGUGUCUUCAGUUUUUACAUUCCAAUAACUACAUUCCGUCUGCUGUUCUUACAACGCAUAAACACUGGGAUCAUUGUUACGGCAACAAGGGUAUGCUGCAUGCUUAUCCAAAUCUUAAAUUAUACGGCAGUAAAGUGGAUCGACCUUAUGGCACGAAUGUGUUCGUUUCACUUUUGUUGUUCGUAAAGGAAGGUGAUGAGUCAAUUGAAAUAGGUUCAUUUCGUUUUUCAACGCUCUUCGUGCCUGGACAUACAAAAGGUCAUAUUAUCUAUCGUUUACUGAAUCCGAAUGGACAGGAUUGUCUUUUCACUGGCGAUUUUCUUUUUAUUGGUGGAAUUGGUCAUAUAUUCGAGGGUACAACGAAGCGUGCGUUGAAGUCUUUGAAUCUGUUACAAUGUCUACCUCGAUCAGCAUUAAUAUUCCCGGGUCAUGAGUAUUCUUUAAAAAAUAUCCAAUUCGCUUCAAAAUUACAACCCGAAAACAAAACUCUGAAACGUAUCGAAGAAUCAGUUCGACAAAAACGAAUACAAAAAAUGCCAUCGGUAGGUUGUUUUAUUUAUUUAUUUAUUUAUUUACCAUCUCCCUUCUUUGCAUCAAUCAAAAAUUGCAUACAACUGCAUUCGAUUGCACUACUUUCAUAUAUACACAUUUCAUUCAUUCUCCAUCCAUAA